AGGGGGAAGCAACAAAUCGUGGUGUUUGGGCCGAGGUAAUGUCGUGUCUCACGUGUAAAAUUCCUCCUGUUAAAAACAAACCAUUACCGUGGUACAAUUUAACCCUGCCGGGUUUUUAGUGGUAAACAACACGGUACCGCCCCCAAAGGUGCCCCUCGAGUAAAAAAACCCCGUUAAUUCGGUAUUCUACACGUGAAUCGCGACAUAAAUCUGUCCUAACCUCGAAAACGUGUCGGCCUAAAGAAAUCCCCAAUUUUCAAUUGAAAAUCCUUGUAAUUCCUGGUGGUUUUGUGUCAAUUCGGUGGUUCGGUUAAGGAUCUGUGAUCUAACAUGUGGAUAUAACCACCGACAAGUGAUCGUUCCCGAAAAAUCUGUUACACUCAACUGGACACCAUGGACAUUGGCCUGUAUAGGGAAGAUGAACAAUUCACGUUCACUUCUUCUGUUUAUAUGGAAUACUGCUCAAGUGAUUCCACAAGUUUCACAGCAGAUCCAAAUGAUGACCCUGAUGAUCUAUUUGAAGAGAUCAGACCUAUGAGACAACCCCCUACAGAAUUGUUUGAAUGGGAAACUGAUAGAACUGAGAGGCAGUUACAGGGUGAAAAUGUGGUUUUGCCCUCAAUCACCACCGAACUGCCCGGUUUUGUUCAGGAACAAAAUUGGGAACCUGUAUGGGAGCAAAAAACAAAUAUUAAGCAAGAGUCAAAAGAAAUUGGUACCACAGAACAACUGUCAACUUUCCAGCAGGAACCACAUAUUCUCGAAACAUUUAAUGAUUUUAAAUUUCCCUCCUUGAAUAUUGAGUGCAAUAUGAAACAGGAAAAUGAGAACAAACGGGCAUGUAGAAGGGUCAGUUAUAGAACCGAGUCUGAGUCAUCGGACAUCUUAAAUGCCAGCUUCAGUAGCUCAGAACUGACGAAUUUCGAUAUAGCCGAGUAUGUGUUUGAAGAAGAUAAACAAACCAGGAAAAGUAUAAAAGUGGAACCACAAGAACCAAAGAGGACCGAGAAGGUUCUAAAAAUGGGAAUGAAGAAAAUCGACUUGAAAGCCCAAAAGUAUAUUAUAGAGGAAACCUCAGAAGACUCUUCGGACCUGAAAGUCCAAAGGACGAUUAAAGAGACCAUAAAAGAAGAAGACUCAGAAUGUGAUGUGGACAUAGAAACCGUCUCAGAGGAGGAGAGCUCGACAAUAUUAGAAGCGGGAGACAUAAAGGAUCUUUUGGAACAAUUCGAAGCCACAGAGGUGACUAACAUCGAACAAACCAAGUGCCAAAAUCUAAGUUUGGAUGUGAAAGUGCAAAUCAAGUGCGAGCCCACAGUUAUCCAGGAAAAUGUCGAUGAAUGUAAGGAUGUUAAGGGGAAAAAGGUGAAAGUGGAGAAGAAGUUGGAACAGAAAGUAAUCAAACCCAAACCAGCCACAACCAAUAACCGAAAACCGACGGUACCAAAACCGCCGCCUUUGGUACAAAAACUAGCCCCGGCGCCACCGGUACCAAAACUGGCGCCGCCCCUUAUAGCCGCCCCCGCGGGAAACCGUCAAGUUUUAGCCUCGCUGCCCCAAGAUCUGAUCAAUCGGAUCAAGGAAUCCUCCUCGGGGAAACGGAAACCGAUCACUGUGAUACAACCGAUCCCCCCAGCCAACGUGAAAAAAAAGGGUAAAAGUGAAAAAUCGGAACCGCCUACGCCGCCUCCGGGGGUCAAAGAGGAGGAGGAGGAGGAAGAACCGCCCAAAGUACCGGUCGAUUGUGCCACGGUACAUUUGGAUCACAGUUAUUGCAGUACCGCCAAGCAAAUUGUUUCGAGUAAAAACCGGAAUUCUACAGGAUUUAGUGGUGUUAAGGAGGAGGAUAAAGGAGGAAUUAUUAGUAGGCAACCUACGGUGAAAAAUGCCGAUGGGACUUUGAUGGUGUCCCUGUUAAAAGCCAACACAAUCCGCCAAAUCGAACCGCCAACCCUGACAACCAUAAAGAACGAAAAAAAGAAACUAAACCUAGAAGAGUACAAAAAGCGCCGCAACGGCAUAAUGAUCCCGAAAACGACACACUCGCAAAACAACAACUCGUGUCACAAACGGCCCGGUCCCGAGGACCCCCAUCAGAAAAUGCUAAAACACCAGGAAAAACUUCGGAAGAUGGCCCAGGAGGUGCUCAAUGCCCUCCCGAAAGCCCCCGCCCCAAUAAAACAGGAGGAACCGACCACCCCGCGCGACAACAUGACGGACAUCAAAACGGAACCCCCUAAAGUCCCGGACAAUUUGGAACGUAAAGUGUUCGUCAGUUUCGGGGUGAAUACCGACAUCAAAGUGAAAAAGAACGAGGAUCCCCUGGCACCGGUGGUGAAACUGCAAGAGAUAAAACCGCUACUGGAACGAGCGAGCGAUAAAAUCAACGGGAGCAGUCUCAUUUCCUCCGUAAUCGAAACGAUCCCGAAGGUUUUGGAAAAAAAUGAGAAGGAAAAUGAGGAGAAACCGAUUAAAGACGAGGUGCACGGGGAGCACAAACAGGUGGUGUUCCUGGAGAAGGACCGUCCCAGGUGCGAAACCAGGGACGCGGAAACGCAGACGGAUAUUUCGUUAAUCGAGCAGAGGAGACGGGGGAAAACUAGGAAGAGGAGGGUGUCCAGCAGUAGUUCUUCCGAUGGUUCGGUGACGUCCCGAAGGAGCAGGAAAACCUCCGGAUCUUCGAUGAGUUCCAGAAGUUCCACUAGCUCGUACAGCUCCCGUUCCAGCAGCUACAGUUACUCUUCCAGAGCCUCCUCCAGACUGUCCUACUCCCGAUCCAGAUCAAGAUCCCCCGGGAGCAGACCAAGAAGAAGAAGAAGAAACAGCACCGCUGAACGGGAACAUUUGAACGCGGUGGAGGAGCGUCGGAUAAUUUACGUGGGAAAAAUCAAAACCGGCACCACCAAAGACGAUUUACGGAGGAAAUUCGAGAGAUUCGGUACCAUCACCAAAGUCAGCCUGCACUUUCGGGAUAUCGGGUACUCGCACUUGGAUAAUUACGGGUUCGUCACUUUUAAGUAUAAAGAGUCGGCCCAUAAGGCUUACGAGCACGGAAACGACGACGAGACGUUUCCGGAGUAUAAAAUCAGCUUCGGGGGUAGGAGGGAGUUUUGUCAGGCGGCGUACUCGGAUUUAGAUAACGUAAGGGACGACGGAUACUACCACUCGCAAACCAACGGGGGAGACUCGUACGAUCAGCUGCUGCAAGAGGCCCUAGAGAAACUGAAAAAACGCAAAGUUUGACAUCGCGUUCAUUUAGCUAAUUUUCCUUUUUUAUAUAACUAUUAUUAUUUUUUUAUUAUUUUUAUAUUAAGGUUUACUUUUCGCGUUCUUUUGUGAUAACCGGCCGAUGUAUUAUAUGACGCGGGGUAUAUAUUGUCGAAAAAUUGGGCGGAGGAAAUACCAUGACAAGUAUUUUUUUCUGACAUAGAAUGAGUUUAUUUUAUUUGUUGUUGUUGUUGUUUUCUUCUUGGGUUUUUACUAAUAAUUUGCGAAACAGAACGCAUACCACCACGCAUGCAGGUAACCGUUUCCCUCCUCAACAAACUAAUCUUAAGUAUGUCUUGUACAUUGUGUAAUAUAAAUAAUUUUUAAUUCUAUUAUUAUAUAGUAUGACGUAUUAAGAUACAAAUUUAACGCGCUUUUUUUUUCGGUUUCACUUUUUAUACUGUAUAUUUUAAGCCGUUCGUCCCCAGCACAAAUUACCAAUUGUUCGGACUUUUUUUUUUUAUUAUGGGGGAUCGUCGUGAUUUAAAAUAGUACUUUAUACGCAAUGAAGUACCUUUUUCUUAUUUUGUUUUCUUUUUUUAUACGCGUUGAUAAAUAUUUGUUUCAUCAAUGCCAAAUUUAAAUUUGUUUUUAAUAAAAUGUAUAGAAAAACUCGA